GCACAGAAGGUACUCACAGGUACACACUGUACCUGAGACUAUGUAUUAUUUAUUGAAACUGAGCUCUGCAUUUCUCUUUAUCUUCUGGACAGCCCUGGAGCCGGGCGCCUUCUAAAAUGGAUGCCACCAGCAGCUAACCUAAAAAGGUCUCCUAAGUGCUACUUGCUUUCACUAUUUUUCUACCUAAGUAAUUGUAAGCUAUUGCUAGCAGGCUUUUUAUUAAAGCUUGGGGAGUAAUUGGGAAUUGCAACUGAGCAGCUGAAGGAGGAAUUACUCUGUGAUUUUUUGGACAUUUCUACAUGCAUUCAAGUUCUAAUGUUUAAGGAAGUACUCCACUCUGUAUUUUGCGGCUCUAUAGAAGAUACUCAUGUUGCAGCUUCUGUCUCCACAUACUGAGUAAUUAUAGUAGUGAGUUGGUAUGUGUGUGUUCACAUGCUUAGUACCGAGAAGAAAAAUGGGUUACCUGACGGUAAUCUUCAUUGCUGCUUAUGAUGGCUGUGUCUGGCAAACCAGGGAACUUUUUGCAUUUGGGUAACAAAGCCAUUUGGAACAUACUCCAUUGGAUUUUCCGUGUUGGUGAAACUGUUGCUGGCCACCUCAGUUCUGCAUGUUGCCAUGCUAAAGACACCUAAGGGUAAAAAUGUCUCCUGGGGUUCGGCAGACUCCUACACCAGCCGUCCGUCCGAUUCAGAUGUGUCUGUGGAGGAAGAUCGGGAGGCAGUGCGCAGAGAAGCCGAGCGGCAGGCCCAGGCACAGUUGGAAAAAGCAAAGACAAAGCCCGUUGCAUUUGCGGUACGGACAAAUGUCAGCUACAGUGCAGCCCAUGAAGAUGAUGUUCCAGUGCCGGGCAUGGCCAUCUCAUUCGAGGCAAAAGAUUUCCUGCAUGUUAAGGAAAAAUUUAACAACGACUGGUGGAUAGGGCGAUUGGUUAAAGAAGGCUGUGAAAUCGGAUUCAUUCCAAGCCCAGUCAAACUAGAAAAUAUGAGGCUACAGCAUGAACAGAGAGCCAAGCAAGGGAAAUUCUACUCCAGUAAAUCGGGAGGAAAUUCAUCAUCCAGUUUGGGUGACAUAGUACCUAGUUCCAGAAAAUCCACCCCACCAUCCUCUGCUAUAGACAUAGAUGCUACUGGCUUAGAGGCAGAAGAAAAUGAUAUUCCAGCAAACCACCGCUCCCCUAAACCCAGUGCAAACAGUGUAACGUCACCCCACUCCAAAGAGAAAAGAAUGCCCUUCUUUAAGAAGACAGAGCACACUCCUCCUUAUGAUGUGGUACCUUCCAUGCGACCGGUGGUCUUGGUGGGCCCUUCUCUGAAAGGGUAUGAGGUCACAGAUAUGAUGCAAAAAGCAUUGUUUGAUUUUUUAAAACACAGAUUUGAAGGACGGAUAUCCAUCACAAGGGUCACCGCUGACAUCUCACUAGCCAAACGCUCAGUGUUAAACAAUCCCAGUAAGCACGCAAUAAUAGAAAGAUCCAACACAAGGUCAAGCUUAGCGGAAGUUCAGAGUGAAAUCGAAAGGAUUUUUGAACUUGCCAGAACGUUGCAACUGGUAGUCCUUGAUGCAGACACUAUUAAUCAUCCAGCUCAACUUAGUAAAACCUCUUUGGCCCCUAUUAUAGUAUAUGUGAAGAUUUCUUCUCCUAAGGUUUUACAAAGGUUAAUAAAAUCUCGAGGGAAAUCUCAAGCAAAACACCUCAAUGUCCAAAUGGUAGCAGCUGAUAAACUGGCUCAGUGUCCUCCAGAGCUGUUUGAUGUGAUCCUGGAUGAGAACCAGCUCGAGGAUGCAUGUGAGCACCUUGCUGACUAUCUGGAGGCCUAUUGGAAGGCCACCCACCCUCCCAGCAGCACCCUCCUCAACCCUCUCCUUAGCCGCACCUUAGCCACUUCAACUCUACCUGUCAGCCCAACUCAAGCCUCUAAUUCACAGGGUUCUCACAGUGCUCAGAGGACUGAUCGCUCUGCUCCUGCCUGUUCCUCUUCCCAAGCUGAAGAAGACCCCUGCCUGGAACCAGUCAGGAAAGCCCAGCACCGUUCCUCCUCCUCUGCACAGCACCACAACCAUCGCAGUGGUACAAAUCGAGUCCUCUCCAGGCAAGAGACCUUUGACUCAGAAACCCGGGAGAGUCGAGACUCUGCCUAUGUGGAGCCAAAGGAAGAUUCCCCACAUGACCACUACGCCCCACAUCAUGACCACAGCCACAGAGAUGAGCCCCAUGGGAGCAGUGAGCACAGACACAGGGAGUCUCGGCACCGUUCCCGGGACCUGGAUCGCGAGCAGGACCACAAUGAAAGCAACAGGCCACGAAGCAGGCACAAAUCCAAGGAUCACUACUGUGACAAGGAUGAAGGGAUCUCCAAAAAACGGAAUGAGGCUGGGGAGUGGAACAGGGAUGUCUAUAUCUGCCAAUGACUUUAGCCCUUUUGUGUUUCGUUUUGUUUUUUUUAGUCUUGUAUACCACCACUCUCAAACUAAAUCUUUGGGGUCUGCAUUGCAGUCACAUGUGAUCUGUCUUGUAUAUUCUGUAUUGCUGUUGCUUGAAUAGCAAUAGCAUGAAAUAGAGUAUUCAUAAUACUUUUUUCCUUUUGUAAGCGCUAUAUAAAUUCACCUAAUAUGGCUGCAGUCCUCUGGUUGUAUACUGGGCUUGUCUGGGAUAGCUGCCAUUUGAACAAAAUCUGCCAUCCAGGUGGCAUUAGUAUUUUAAGGAACAUACUUACAUUUUCAAAAUUUAGUUACUGUAUCCAGCAAGCCAGAAUUGGCCCAGAUUAAGAAAAAAAGUGGAAUUUUUUGAUUCUCCAGAUUUUUAAUAUGUAGGCACCUGAUCUGCAUACUCACUCAUCCAUGGACCACUGUUUCUUGCUUGUACCUCUGGCUGACUAAAUUUGGGGACAGAUUCAGUCUUGCCUUACACAAAGGGGAUCAUAAAGUUAGAAUCUAUUUUCUAUGUACUAGUACUGUGUACUGUAUAGACAGUUUGUAAAUGUUAUUUCUGCAAACACCUUCUUAUAAUUAUAUAUUAUAUAUAUAUCAGUUUGAUCACACUAUUUUAGAGUCUUAAUGCCAAGUCAGCAGAUUUGCUUUAUGAAUUCCAGGGACUAGAAAUGCCCACAUUCAGGAAAUUUGUAAUAACAUCGUCUAGUCACUCAUCCCCAUUCUAGUAGGAAGUCUGUACAUACUGUAAAUACGUGUGCUUGCUUGACUUGAAACAGGUUGGUUUCUGAAUGUUUUACCAUCCUUGUAAGUUAUAAUUUUGACCAUAAAUUACAGUAAAUAUAACCAAACUCCAA